GAACAAAUGGAAAUUAAGCCUAAAAUGAAGGUGUGGAGUAGCAUGUAACAAAUGCCAUGUCGACGGAGGCGAAAUACUUUAAAUAUUGGUAUAAACUUUGGUUAUAUACCAAUAAAAAGAACAAGGAAUCCUUCAAACUCCAAGAAAGCAUGGAGACUUUCAAAUUAUACAUCUCCCUUCUAGUCCUUCAGACUCUCUUGACCAUUUCACGUACAACCACGGCAGUUUCACCAAACUGUCCUGUGGUUUUCAGAGAAUAUAUUGGAGCUCUAGGCAAGAAUGUCACAUUCUCUGAUGUCCCAAUUAAUCCAAAUGUUGAGUUUCACUUCCUCCUCUCCUUUGCUAUAGACUACACAAACACAAAGUCACCAGAACCCACAAAUGGUGUCUUCUUGAUCUAUUGGGACAUUGAUAACCUAACCCCUUCUCAUAUUUCUUCCAUCAAGGCCAAGCAUAAAAACGUUAAGGUAGGUAUGAGUCUUGGCGGUGAUACAGUGAAUGGUAAAAAUGCCACCUUCGCUCCUACAUCAAUUACAUCUUGGGUGAGAAAUGCAAUAUAUUCAAUCACCAAGAUAGUGAAAGAGUAUAACCUGGAUGCAAUAGAUAUAGAUUAUGAACACUUCAAUGCAGAUCCAGAUACAUUUGCAGAGUGCAUCGGGCAACUGUUGUACUUCCUUAAACAAAACAAUGUCAUCUCUUACACAUCAAUAGCACCAUAUGCAGAUGAUUCAGUGCAGGUGCAUUAUUUAGCACUCUGGAGAAAGUAUGGUCAUCUAAUAGACUAUGUCAACUUCCAAUUUUACGCCUACGGAAAGGGCACAACCAUACCUCAAUUCCUGCAGUACUUUGAAACCCAGAGAUGUAAAUAUAAAGGAGGCAACAUUCUUGUGAGUUUUGGAACUAAUAAUAUUGGUGGCUUGUCUCCUGAACAUGGAUUCUUUGAUGCAUGCACCAUACUAAGGAGCCAGGGAAAACUUCAUGGUAUCUUUAUUUGGUCUGCAGAUGACUCUAUGAAGGAUCAUUUCCUAUAUGAAAAGUUGUCACAGGACCUCUUAGCAAGUGCAACUUAAUUAUCUUGCAACUAUUUAAGGCAAUCUUUUGUAGGCCAUGACAAAAGAUAAAAAUUAGAAUGCUGGAAUGUUAUUUCUUAUUUUGGGGGCUUCUCUAGGAAACAAGACAUGUAUGAGGUUGUACUCGUAUUGUGGUCUUACAAUCAAAAUAUUGAUAUAAACAAGUUCAGAUUUACAAUUCCCAAAUGUGCUAAAGCUUACUAUCACAGGAAAAUAAUUUUGUUUUAAAAUAUAGUUUGGAACACUAAAAGGACUUGCAGGAAUCAUUUCACCAAAAUGCAAAACGUGUCAAUUAGACUGACCAGCAGCUCUAUUCAGGUCUAAGCAUGUAUGAUACGUUAUAACAUCUCU